GCUUCUCUUACCUCUCAGCCUCCCUAUUCCCCACCUCUCCCCUCUCUCCUCCUCUCACCUCUCCCACACACUCUUCCUGGUCUCUUUAUGGAUGGAGAGAAGUUUGAGCAGCAGUUUACCCAGACUGCUUACUUCUUCCUGAACUGACAGUGCCCUUCUUGAGGGACUCUACCUGCACUGAAACUUGCGGCACUACCAUCAUUUCUUGCAUUGAGACCUUUAUUUUCAUGAAGGAGACAUCCCAUCUGUACUACUCGUGUGAUCCUCUAAAAACUUCCAUCCUCUAGAAAUUCCUCUGAGAUCCUUUUACUUGAGGACAUUUCGUCAUACUUCCAAGAAGCUUUAAUUCCUCUUGAGAGAGCUAUCACCUGCUAAGAGACAUCUACAUCCCAGAGGCUUUGGGCACUUGCAGAUCACACACCUGGGAUGACCAGGAAUCGCAUACAGUCAGGGUGUGACGGAGAUAGUCUGUGCUCCUGCAGGCAGGGUGCACCAGUGUCGUAUAUUGUGUAAUUUUCUACAUUUGUGUCGUUGUGCACUGAGCUUUUGGAUAUCGUUUUUAAUCUUGCAAUUGUGUCAGACGGAAUCGGUGGUGGUAGCCCAUCAUGGCGGUACAAGAAGGCUUGCAGUAUGGCAAGGCAGACUUUGUUCUUAUGGACUCUGUCACGUUACCAGAAUUCAUGGAUAACCUGAAACUCAGGUUUGAGAAGGGGCGUAUCUAUACAUUUAUCGGGGAGGUGGUGGUCUCCGUGAACCCCUACAAGAGUCUUCCAAUCUAUGGGAAGGAUACAAUAGAACAAUAUAAAGGAAGAGAGCUGUAUGAAAGACCUCCACAUCUCUUCUCCAUCGCAGACGCAGCUUACAAGGCCAUGAAGAGACGGUGCAAAGACACGUGCAUAGUAAUAUCAGGAGAAAGUGGUGCUGGGAAGACUGAAGCCAGUAAAUACAUAAUGCAGUACAUAGCCGCCAUUACUAAUCCAAGCCAGCGAGCCGAGGUGGAGAGGGUGAAGAAUAUGCUGCUUAAGUCUAACUGCGUCCUAGAAGCAUUUGGAAAUGCUAAAACUAAUCGCAAUGACAACUCCAGCCGAUUUGGAAAAUAUAUGGACAUUAACUUUGACUUCAAAGGGGAUCCUAUUGGGGGACACAUAAGUAAUUACCUAUUGGAGAAAUCUCGGGUGAUUGUUCAGCAGCUGGGAGAGAGGAAUUUUCACUCCUUUUAUCAGUUGAUAUUGGGAUCACCUGAGCAGACCCUGCGUUCCCUUCACCUCCAGAAGGAUCUCUCAUCUUACACCUACACCCGAUCCAUGGUGCAGAUGAAGUCUUCCGUAAAUGAUGUUGGAGAAUUCAAAGAAGUGUCAGAAGCCAUGAAAGUGAUUGGGUUCAAACCAGAGGAGAUCCAGACUGUCUACAAAGUCUUGGCUGCUAUUCUACAUCUGGGGAACCUCAAGUUUGUUUUGGAUGGAGAUACCCCCCUGAUUGAGAAUAGUAAAGUUGUGUCCGUAGCUUCUGACUUGCUUGGCUCUAAAUAUGAACUUCUGGAGAAGGCUCUUCUGUACAGGACUGUGGCCACCGGCAGAGAUGUUAUCGACAAACAGCAUACUGAUCAAGAGGCUAACUAUGGCAGGGAUGCCUUUGUCAAGGCCAUCUACGAACGUCUUUUCUGCUGGAUUGUGAGUCGUAUUAACGAUGUCAUUGAUGUAAAGAAACAAGAUGCUGCUCUCCAUGGCAAAAACACAGUUAUCGGUGUGCUGGAUAUCUAUGGAUUUGAGAUCUUUGACAAUAAUAGCUUUGAGCAGUUCUGCAUUAAUUAUUGUAAUGAAAAACUACAGCAGCUGUUUAUUCAGCUUGUCCUGACCCAGGAGCAGGAGGAAUAUAAGAGAGAAGGGAUUCCUUGGAAGCACAUUGAUUACUUUAACAACCAGAUCAUUGUGGAUUUGGUUGAGCAGCAGCAUCGUGGAAUCAUAUCUCUGUUGGAUGACGCCUGUAUGAAUGUUGGAAAAGUGACAGACCCCAUGUUCCUGGAUGCACUGAACAAGCAGCUGGGAAAACAUGCCCACUACUCCAGCAGGAAGGUAUGUCCAACAGAUAAAGCUCUGGAAUAUGACCGGGAUUUCCGGAUCCGCCACUAUGCUGGAGAUGUUCUUUACUCCGUGGUGGGAUUCAUUGAUAAGAACAAAGACACCCUAUUCCAGGACUUCAAGAGACUCAUGUACAACAGUGCUAAUCCUGUGCUGAAGAAUAUGUGGCCAGAAGGGAAGCUAAGCAUCACCGAGGUCACCAAACGUCCACUGACUGCAGCUACAUUAUUCAAAAACUCUAUGAUUGCCCUUGUGGACAAUCUGGCAUCCAAGGAGCCCUACUACGUCCGCUGCAUUAAACCAAAUGACAAAAAGUCACCAUCUCUGUUUGACGAGGAGCGCUGUAAACACCAAGUGGAGUAUUUGGGCUUACUGGAGAAUGUCCGUGUCCGACGAGCCGGUUUUGCCUACCGCCAGGAAUAUGAGAAGUUUUUGCACAGGUACAAGAUGAUCUCCCAGCUGACGUGGCCAAACCAUGACUUGCCUUCAGACCAAAUUGCUGUACAAAAACUCUUGACUGAGUGUGGUUUCCACCAAGAUGCUGCCUAUGGUAAAACCAAAGUGUUUAUUCGCACUCCACGUACCCUGUUCUCCCUGGAGGAGAAGCGUAGUGAGAUGUUGAUCAGAAUCAUCCUAUUCCUGCAAAAGAUGUGGAGAGGAACACUGGCCCGCUGGAAAUAUAAGAGAACAAAGGCAGCCCUCACAAUUCUGCGCUACUAUAGGCGCUACAAAGUGAAGUCCUACAUCCAUGAGGUGGUCCGUAGGUUUAACGGAGUACGGAACAGCAGAGAUUACGGAAAGAAUGUAAAAUGGCCAACACCUCCUAAGGUGCUUCGACGAUUCCAAGAAUGUAUGCAGAGUAUCUUCAACAGAUGGAGAGCGUACCAACUAAUAAAGAGCAUACCUCCUGCUGACAUACCAAAAAUCAAGGCUAAAGUUGCUGCGUUUGAAAGUCUCAAAGGGCACAGAGCUGAUAUGGGCCUUCAGAGGAGCUGGGAAGGGAACUACUUGUCAUCUAAACAAGAAAACAGCCAAGGUUCAGAAUUCUUUGUAUCUCGGGCAAGUGAGCUACAGAGAAAAGACAAGUUUAUGCAGCCUCUCUUCUCCUGUACCGUGCGCAAGGUUAACAGGUUUAAUAAAGUAGAAGAUCGCGCCAUCUUUAUAACUGAUAGACAUCUGUACAAAAUGGAUCCCAGCAAGCAGUAUAAAGUCAUGAGCAGCACACCGCUAUAUAAUGUUUCCGGUAUCAGUGUGACUGAUGGGAAGGACCAGCUGGUGAUUUUCCACACAAAGGACCGCAAAGACCUUAUUGUAUGUCUAUGUUUUGCUGGACAAUCCCCUCAAGACAGUCGUGUGGGAGAAGUUGUUGGAGUCUUGGCCAACCACUUCAAGAAUGAGAAGAGGCGUCUCCAGGUCACCGUGUCGCACCCAGUCCAGUGUAGCCAGCACGGCAAGUCCUGCUCCAUUACUGUGGAAACCAAGAUAAAUCAAGCACAGCCUCACUUCAACAAGAGCCGUUCCGGCUUCACCCUAAGUGUGCCAGCCAAUUAAAUCAUGUGCCCCUUCCUCAUAUAGGGAUACCGAGUAUCUCAGCUCCGUGCCUUAAAUAGCCAACCACCCAAGUGCACUUUGGGCAAUGGGGGACCGGUUCCCCCAGCAACUCUGUUGAGGUUUUUCAGCCUGCAGCUGACUCUUUUUAUAUAAUUAUGUGCUGCCUGGAUAAUUUUUCUUAUAAUGAAUAUGUAGAUUUCUCAAUUCAGUGGCGCCAAAUCAUUGGUAAUUGUCUAGACUGUCAGUGUAUAUGUCAUUUCGUAGACACGAGAAUGACAACACCUUUGGACAUGCGCAGGUGCAUGGUAUCCAAAGUCAGAUGUCUUGUACAGAAGUCAAUUGGGCCUCAGAAUAUCAUAGCCAGAAUGGACCAAAGGCUUCCCCAGCAUAUGGAUGUCUCACCCUCUGUGGCAGAACCAGUGGCGUUCUCCUUGUAGCAGUCUACUGAGCAAGGGGCCAUGGGAAGAUGUAAAAAGGGUGGUACUCUCAUUGGGGAGCAAUGCUUCUGUAAAAUGAGAGGUACGGUAAUACAUAUCUGGAAGCAGAGGCGAUAUCCUUUUCAUGCAGGUCUCAUCUUUUAUAAAUGGCUUUGGCCGGGUUUAUCCGCUUGUCAAUGUAUUUAGCAUUCCGUUAUUCUCAUGAUACUUAGGUACUGAACACGUGUAUCAAUGCAAAAAAAUGUCAUAUAAUUCUGCCAGGAUGGUGCUUUCCUCCAAUAAAUGUAAAUUAUUUAAGAA